AUGAAUUAUAGUGGCCCACCUCUCAAUGUGGAGAACAUGACCUCCCUUAAGGUGAACAACCUCAGCUGUCUCGCUUCCUGUGACGCCUUGAAGCAUAUCUUACAAGAUUUUGUGCCUAUUGUCGAUAUGUACAUCCCAGGGGACCGCUCCACUACAGAGUCCCAUGGCUAUGCCUUGGUCCAUUUCCAUAACAAGCAUGAUGCUGAGAAAGCCAUGAAUGCCCUGAAUGGAAUUGAACUAAAUGGUCACAAUCUGAGGGUACAAUUAGUGGACAACGAAGGCUUCCAGGUUGGUCAUAAUGGCCACUACCAGGAAAUGAAACAAUGGCAGUGUGACGAAAAAGACAAUGAAAACCAAAGCCACAAUCAAAAGCAUCAGUACACUCGCAGAUCCAAUGUAUGGAGCCUAUCCAGGUCUCAGAACACAUCUUAUUUGGGCCAAUCCCCAUCUAGACUUCACUAUCCCUCACACAGAAGAUCAACUAGGAUGUCCAACUUGACUCCCAGAAGCUGCGUGGAAACUAGGACUCCCUCAAGGCCCAGAAGCCUUCUACUGAGAUGCAGAAAGAAAUUCAAAUCCAGUUCUCCAAUCAGUAUUGCCUGCAAGUGUCCUGAAGGAGGUGAUGUCCCUACAGGUGAUUCUGAAAGAGGCCAUUUUACCUCUUUUCAACAAUCUGAAAAUAUAGAAGAAAGAGAGCUAUUAGGACAAGACUUUUUGAUGUCAAUCACUCAUAAUAAUUUAUGCAAUCAUAAUGUCAGUGGAGGGAUGUGUGUUAACCUAAAUAAUGAGAACAUAAGUCCACAAAACGAUUAUAAAUCAUCUGCAGGACUUGAAAGUAAUAUAAAUAUCCAUAAUCAAUUAGACAAUCCAGAAUCUGAGUCAACAUUUACAAGACAAUUUAGAUCAGAAAUAAAUAUAACAUUAAUGGAUGAUCCACCUAUUAUAGAUGGAAGAAGAAUCAGAUACUGGGAUCCAGAAACUCAGAUAACUGGAGUGAACAAUGAAAGUACAUCCCCUCAAAAUCAUAUGAAUGAUGCCUUAUUGAGAUUUCAUUAUUAUAUAUCACCUGAAACUUUUGACACUAUUAGGGAAAAUGAUGCUGAGAUAUUUUCAAGUAUUCAGCCAAAUUUUCCAUUGAAUGAGAAUACAACCAUGUCUAGGUUACAAAGUGGGGAUAUUUUUCCAUCUUCUCCAAAUACAACCAAUAAUAAUGAGUUAGGCACAUUGGGACCAACAAAUUCAACUACACAUUUUGAUCUUGGUGGAACAUCUGGUCCUGAGAGAGAACAUCCACUGACAGUGACAUCAGUGAUGCCAAGAAGCUAUUGCACUUUUGAGAGUGAUUGGGAAGAACGCAUAAAUAUGACUUCACAUUUUAAUCAGACCAAUAUACAGAGUUAUACAGAAAUUCAUGUUCAUGAAACUUCAAAUAGUGGUUUAUAUCUUACAACAUCACUUGACAAUUAUGGAGGAUCAGGGCAAGUGAUGACAGGACAUAGUAGCUUACAUCCAGGUCAAAAUAAUGAAAUAAAUGAGUCAACCAGUGAAAAUAUUAUUUAUGAUGACAAUAGCAAUUCUAGUUCACAUCGUGCUGAAUCUAGUUUAAGUUUCACAGAUAUUUCCAAUUUAACUUUGGCUGAAAUAAUCCGCCACAGUUCCAGGUCACGACAGAGUAAUAGUCACUCUAGUGAAAUUUCAAUAGUUAGGAAUGCAGCAAAUCUAUAUGAAAUACCAUCAAUAGUCAGAGAGCAAAACCAACAUACAAGCUCAGUUAUAGCUGAUGAAAAUGAUUCUUGGCCCCUUCCACCGUUUUUAUUCAACAUAACUGAAGAUAAUUUUAAUCAGUCUGCAGGACUUAACAAACAACAGAUUAACAACUUUGCAGUAAGAGAUUAUUGUGAAGACGAUGCAUUAAAUGUUUGCAGUGUUUGCAUUACAGAAUACACAGAAGGUUGUAAAAUUCGCAUAUUACCAUGCUUUCAUGAAUACCAUGACCACUGCAUUGAUCGCUGGCUAUCUGAAAAUGCUACAUGUCCUAUUUGUCGCAGACAACUAAAAAUUUCUGAUGACAUGGAGUUCUAA